GGAGGCUGCUUUGGAAAUGCUUUGUGAGCUGCAUUCAGCUGAACGCGCUUCUUGCCGUUCUGUGUAUGAUCUCUUGUCGCUUUAAUAAUUUGGUUUCCUCUAAUGAAAUGCAAACUACAGCAUGCCGGGGUUGCGGUACACCAGUGUGGUCUCUGCUUGUUUGUCCGUUUUCCAUCCUCCUGCUGCUCCUGCUGCUGUUGCUUGAUUGCUCGCUGCUGUCUACGUCAGAGGUGGCGCAGUGUCGGGCUGCAGCAGCAUGGUGGGACAGAGGCGAUGCGACACCGACUGAACAAAGUUUAAAGAUGCCGCACAAAGCAGCAGCACACCACACAUGGCUGGGAUAGAGGUCCGGCCCAGUCAACGCCUCUCCACCGUGCCUCUUAUGCAAGGACUGUUUUCUUUUUCUAUGCGUAAACAAACACCGCCUAUGCAUCGCAUCUUUCGGACACUCCACCUGCGUGAUCUGCGAGCCAGAAUGAACUUCAAGAACUUGAGGGAGUACCUGGCUUGGUUAUACUACCAAUACCUGCUCAUCACCGGCAUCUAUGUCCUGGAGCCGUGGGAAAAAUCCAUCUUCAACUCCAUCCUCUUCUCUGCCAUCGCCAUGGUCGUCUACACCUCAUACGUCUUUGUACCCAUCCACGUGCGCCUGGCGCUGGAGUUUUUCUUAGGUAUCUUUGGCGGCCAGCCGGAGAGCACCAUGGCACUCAUGACCUAAAAGAAACAAAACAAAACAUGAAGGUAAAGAGACAGAAAAUGUGUGGAUGAGCAUGAAUCUGUCAUCAUAUUUUCUUAUAACUCACCUCCUUAGAUCCUAGAGCACCUUGAGCCCUCCUUUUACAACAAGCUCGCCCUAAACCAGGCAAUCAGCCACCUCUGCGAAUCACGACUGAAAACAUGAAGAUCUUAAUGGAACGAUGUGGAAAUCAGAGCCUUACUAUCUUCUUUACAUCCCAAACCCUCCAGCCUUACCCCAUGGUAUUAGACAGGCAGCAGAACAGUGCUUUCACACAUGUCCUGUGAGAUGUCUUAUGAUAUGUUGUUUGUCCUUAUUGAUUUUUUUGUUUGUUUUUGUUUUUUUGUUGUGUUUAUCACCAUAUGUCCUGUGUGAGUGCAUACCACAUAUGUGUUUUGCAUGAUAGGGUCAUAUAUGGGCAGUCGAUUUGCAUGCUCAUCUCACUAUGAAAUACUACUAGACUUGCUUCUUUUUUUUUAUUGCCUUUUAAGCUCCAGACUCACUAUUUACAAAAAAGCAGACCGAUCAUUUUAUAGCGUCUGAAUCCAGUCUGUAAAAUUUAUGUCUGGCAUUCUGAAUUUACAGCUCACUACAGAGCAAGCUGUCACGUUUCAAGUGUUACACAGUGAGAGGCGACUACGUGAGUUCGAGAUGAUUUUAGACACAGCCCAAAUUUCCUUCAGAGCUGUGGAAGGCAUUAUAUGUCAGGCUCUGUGGGACUUAAUGCAACAGGUAAACUAAACUUGCAAUGCAACAUCAGUGACGUUUCCUUUUUAAGUGUGUGUAUGUUCGUUUAUCUGAUGUAUCUGUGAUGCCAUGUUAUCUCGUGCACUCACUCUGGGUGGUUAAUCUGUAGUUUUGCAUCAGAACCGCUAUCACUGGGUUUUGUUUUUUUGUUUUGGUGUUUGUUUGUUUUUAGUUGCCUUUAUGAGCUGUAAUACUGACUGGCAGGGCACAUUACACAUUUCACGUAGAUGUCAUUUAGCUGAUCUUAACAGAGAGGACUGAUAAAAAGCCCAACCUAUGCAAUGAGUCUUAAAAGGUUCGUGUUAAGACUCUGUUAAACAGAUUUUCCCAGUCAGUGUGAGUAAUAUUAAGCCAAAAUAACAGAAGAGAUACGUGCCGAGCCCUGCUUUAUCUCUAGUUUAUUAACUGUUGGCAUUUCUGGUAGUUGUACUCAGCUCUGAGCUUGAGCAAAUAUUGAUACAACACACCUUUGUGUUGUAGGCUUG